ACGCAUCGCUUGCAGCCGUUCCCUCGCGGUGCUCAAGGCAUGUGAUUUUGCGUGGCGCUUCUCAGCUCACGCGCAUGCGUCCGGCAGCCGUGGCCCCUCCGUGAGCGCCGGUGAUGGGCGAGCAGCGAGACGCCGACCGGCGCGGCAGCAACCGGCGAGCAAGCAAACCGGACACCGACCCGGCGAUCGGCGAGCCCACCUUCAGCGAGUUGCUGCGGACUCUUUCCUCCCAGAAGGACUCGCUCCGGGAAACCCAGAGCCUCGAGGCCAAGGAGAGCUCGCUCCGCCUGCGCAGGGCGCUGGCCAAGGAGAGGCCGACGAGGGGGGCGCUGGCGCAGUCCUCUUCCGCCCCGGUUCUCAGCCUGGAGAAGAAUUCCGCCUGGUCGGCCGGGUGCAGCUACUCCUUCGGCAAGCCGCGGCACCGCAAGGUCAGGGCGUCACCUGCACACCUGCGCCGGUCGUUCCCUGGUCAGUCCCGGGCCCAGGACCAGCUGC